CAAAUGCCAUGGAAAUACAGCAUGACGUGAAACCCCAACAUUGCAACCUCUCCUACUCUCCCUCUCAGCCGAACUCCAUCUACAGCUCCCAUAUUUAUAUUCCUGUCUUCCCCUCCCACUCAUUCCGCCCACCACUCAGCCCAUCCUCGAUCCUCGUCAUUUUGCUUCAUUGCACCAUCAUGCCUGGUAGCUUGGAAGAACGAUAUAUCAGACUUGAAGUCGUCAGUGGACAGAAUCUUCAAGUCCCUUCUCAGCGCAUACCUGCAGGCAUUUACAUAUCCAUCAAUAUCGACUCGAGGAGACGCUGGAAAACAGCCAUCAAGGUCCUAUCAUCCCAUCAAUAUGUAGCAUGGGGCAAUAUCGUGACCCUAUCAUCACAUGCCUCAGCUGCAUUCUCAGUGGAGAUCAGAGCCUCCUAUGAGGUCGAUCGAAUGCUAGGUAGCGGAGAAGUCAUCGGGGAACUUCAAACGUCGUGGGAUGAGCUACUCGAUCAUGGAGAUGAACCAUUCAAACUGUUCUUCCCACCCGUGUGUGGUAUCCAUCCUUCCCUCACACUGAAGGCCGCCAUUGUACAUACUUGCGACGAUCAGGACGACACACUGUUUCAUAUGAACUGUGAGAUUGCUCGAGAUACAGAUGCCGGUCACACACAAUUUGCCGAAUACAUGACAAUCAAGACGGUCUCUCACUUCAACAAUGCUGUGCAGUAUUUUCAGUUGGCUCUGGACCAGUGUCCGGUUGACCAUUCUGAUCACGCAGCAGCUCUCACCAACCUUGCGUGUGCCCGCCUUGAAGGCUAUAUUCGAAAUGAUAUCCAAGACGCUGAUACCACUACUUCCCUCUUCCGCGAAGCCCUUGCAUUGCGCCCGCAGGGUCACUCCGAUCACGCGUUAUCCCCUUAUAAUCUUAUUAGAGCCUUGAACUGGCACUACAGCAAGGAGCCUACCGCCGUCUACAUUCACGAAUCCGCGCAGCUGUGCUGUAAGCUACUGCCCCUCUGUCCAGAGGGCAUCUACCUUCGUAGCAUCGGCGUAGACAGUGCGGUCGAUUAUGUGAUUGGUAAAUGCGACAAUCUUCCAACAGAUACAUCUGAUGAAGGCAUCCACCUUCGACGAAAUGUGCUGGAGCUCUGUCCUGUGGGCCAACACCGUCCAAAAGCACUUGACAAACUUUCAUGGGCUCUCAAGUCAUGCUUUAUGCAAUGUGGCAACAUUGAUGAUUUAGACGAGAGUAUACAAUUUUGUCGUGAAGCCGUGUCUCUGUGCCCCAAGGACAUUAUGGCCGCGAUGUCUACCUGAACAAUUUGGCCAUCUCACUCGAGCUCCGCUUCAGUCACCAAGAAAAAC